AUGGCCUCCUCCGGCGCGAGCAAAAAGCACGAGUGGCUAGUCAUACUCCCCGAUAAAGAGGGCGCGCUCGAGAAGCGGAUGCAAGUCCGGCCCGAACACCUCGAAAAAGUCCUCCCCCUCGCAGACGCCGGCCUCGUCCCCUUCGGCGGGGCCUUCCUCUCCGAACUCCCCAAGGAGGGCGAGGCGCUCAAGCUGGCUGGCAGUGCGAUGAUCGCGGUGGGAGAGAGCAGGGAGGAGGUUGUGGAGAUGUUGAAGAAGGAUGUGUAUACGAGGGAGGGGGUGUGGGAUUGGGAUAAGGUGGGUUGCUUGUUAAGGGGGAAGGGGAAAGGGGGGGAGGGAGAGCGGAUGGGAGAGGGCGAGGAGGAAGGAGAGUUGAGUGACUGGGGCUGA